AUGUGUCCGGUUGUUCCAGAAGAGAAUAAAGGCAUGAGUGGCGGUGCCAUAUUUCUCAUCACUAUUUUCUGUUUCGCAUGUGCUUAUUUAGUUGGCGGCUUUUUAUUUAUGCGUUUGAAGCGUGGCGCUCGUGGCAUUGAUCAAAUACCGAAUUUGGAAAUGUGGCGUAAAUUAGGCCAUUUUACUGCUGACGGAUGUGAUUUUUGUUGCCGCUGUAAGACAAAUGUACCCAGACCAGGAUAUAUUAUUGAUGAAACAGAACCAGAUAUACAUGGUGAUGAUGAUAUUCUUGCGCCAUAA